AAUAUUAUUUCCAUUGCACUGCACCCAAUCACACCCAUAAGCUUCACUUCAAAUCUCACAGUUUCUUCAUGGCAGCAGAGCAAUGGUUACCGGUGCUCUUGUUCUACUUCCUCGAGAGGACUAUGACACUUUGGCUUCCCGUUUUGCCCACAUAUUUCGUGCAAGAAAACACCGAAAGAAGCAACUCAGCCAGUUGAAGAUGAAGCUCCUUCCCAUUGAUGUCGUGGCUUUUGAUGCAGAACAAAGGCAGUUUACAUAUCCAGAUGUCAGAAAUUGGCUUCUCAGAGUUAAAGAUGCUUUGUUUGAUGCAGAGGAUCUAUUGGAUGAAAUAGAUUAUGAACUCUCUAAAAGCCAAGAGGAAGCUGAGUCUCAGAGUGCUUACUAAAAAGGUGUGGAAUUCACUCAAACUUCUGUUGUCAAUUUCUGUGAAAAUGAAAUGAAUCCAUGAUGGAACAAG